CUCCACCCCACCCAGUCCCCACCCCUGGAAGAUGUGGAAUCACACAUCAGUCACUGAGUUCAUCCUACUGGGCAUCCCUCACACGGAAGGGCUGGAGACGGUUCUGUUUGUCGUGUUUGUGACCUUCUACUCUCUCACGGUGCUGGGGAACGGGCUCAUCCUGACCAUCAUCGUGGCCUCGCCCCGCCUGCGCACCCCCAUGUACUUCUUCCUGGGGAUCCUCUCCAUCUUUGACCUGCUUUUCCCCUCCGUGACCUCGCUCAAACUGCUGGCCUCGCUCUCGGGCCGGAGUCGGGCCAUCUCCUACGGUGGCUGCGUCUGCCAGGUGUUCUUCUACCACUUCCUGGGCUGCAUCGAGUGCUUCCUGUACACCGUGAUGGCUUACGACCGCUACGCCGCCAUCUGCCACCCUCUGCGUUACAACGUCAUCAUGAACCCCGGGGUCUGCGCCGGCCUGGCCGCGGGCACCUGGCUGGGCGGAGGCCUGCAGGCCAUCCUUCUCACCUGCCUGACCUUCCAGCUGCCCUACUGCGGCCCCAACCGUGUGGACUACUUCUUCUGUGACAUCCCGGCCGUGCUGCCGCUGGCCUGUGCCGAUGCAUCCUUGGCCCAGGUCAUCAGCUUCACUAACGUCGGGCUCAUGCCCUUCACCUGCUUCCUGCUUGUCCUCGUCUCCUACGCCCGCAUCGCCCACUCCAUCCUGAGCAUGCAUUCGGCCGAAGGCCGGCGCAGGGCCUUCUCCACCUGCAGCGCCCACCUGACCUCAAUCAUCCUCUUCUACGGACCCGUGGCCCUCAUCUACCUGCAGCCGGACCCCAGCCCCGGGUUCAGUGCCGGCGUCCAGAUCCUCAACAAUCUGGUCACCCCGACGCUAAAUCCCGUCAUCUACUCCCUGCGGAAUAAGGAGGUGGGGAUGGCCCUGAAGACUCUGCUGUUCCAGACCAAGUGA